AUGGCCUCUUCUUACCUUGCCAUCCUAGUGCUACUCUUGCUGCGGCUCUCCGGCGGCGCCUUCGCCGUCCUCUCCAGCUACAUCGCAAGGACCACCGAGCAGCAGAUCAUCGCCACCGUCGCGCCGGCCGCUUUCGCCGACGCCGAUGACGGCGGCCAGAGCGCAGCGCAGCCUUUCCUCGCGUCCCCCUCCGGGUCGUUCGCCGCGUACCUCCGCCGCGCCGCCGUGGGCGAUGGCGGUAGCGGGGACGUGUGCUACAUCGAGGUCGUCCAGCAGCAGGGGGGCGGCGGCGGGACCAGCAGCGUGUGGGAGUCGGAAUGCACGCCGGUGGGCGGCGCCGAGACCUGCGACCUGGCCUUCUCGCCGGUGGGGCUCGAGCUCUUCGCCGGCGGGCACUCGCUGUGGGACACCGCUGUCGACUCCGACCCCGCGAUGCUCAGCCUCGACGGCGCCGGAGAUAUGAGGAUCGUCAGCAGGGACGGCGUCACGGUGUGGAGGACGAGGGAUGAGCCGUGGACGGGGCGGAGGUGCGGCGCCGCGGCCUUGCCGGUGUCGUCGCCUUCGAUGGAGGACGUGCUCCCGCCGUCGGCGACGUCGACUCUCGCCAGUCCGUGGGGCUCGGGCUUCACUUUCGGAGACCAAACGGCGCCACCAGCAGCUGACACGUCGCCUGACCAGAUGCUGCCGCCGCCACCGCCAGCUCCUCCGACCCCCUUUGUCCCGCCUCAGACGCCAUCGCCGCCCGUCGACACGCCCCCACUCGUGUCAUCUCCCGGCGCGGGCAUCGCCACGCCACCAGCUUCAUCGGACGACGACAACAUGGCAUUCUCGCCACCACCUCACGGCACGCCGCACCCGCACCACCUUCCCCUGGGAAGCUCGCCGCCGACGGCGCCGGGCGCGGUGGCGCCAAUCAGCGGCGGCCAUGGCCCGCUCCCGUUCGGGCAGGGGCAGCAUGGGCAAGGGCAGGGGCUGUUCGGGCAGCAGCAGAACCAGCUGCUGAACGGCGGGGGGCAGCCGCUGGAUCACAGCGCCGGCGGGUGGUCAGUCAGGGGGCGCGGCGGAGCGGCCGCGAGCUUGGCUUUGGCUGCUCUGGUUUUCGCGUAG